AUGUCAUCCACUCAACAUUCACCCGGAUACCACGGAUUCGAUACUCAGGUCAUUUUGACCAAUCUCACACAAUUUCUCAAUGAAAGAAUAUUUGAAACCUUUCUUCAGGAUUCCGAAACUCUCAAUUUCACACAGAUGAUAAAUUUACCAUUUAUGGAAACUCUCAAAUUGUGUCUCGAAACACACUCCUCCAUUCCGAAUUUAAUUUUUAAAAUCAUCACAUCACUUCCAAAAUUUUAUUUAAAUUGUUUUGAAAAAUCUCUCUUUUCCGAUCAUUCAGAAAGUGGAAGUAAAGCCAUUGUUGGAACUGUGACUUUUUUAAUGCUCAUGGUCACACUUUAUUAUCUCGUAUUGAGACCAUUAACCAAUUAUUUAUUUAGAGUGGAUGAAAAAGUUUAUUUGCAACGAGUGUUGAAGAAACAACAUGUUGUUGGUAUGGAAGAACAAGUCAAUGAAAAACAAGAAAAUUUGAAAAUUUCUGGAGAUUCCAAUGACACGUUGGAUAUUGCAAGUAAUUUUGUUUUGAAUCGUCGAAUGAGUCAGAAAAUCGCUUCCAAUCAUCCAGAAAAAGAAGAAUCAGUAUGGAGUGUGAAAUUUGAUCGAAAAUUUGUCGAUACAAGUUAUCGAGUGUAUCGAAAAGAAGAUUCCAGAAAUGUGUGGAGAAGGAUUUUUGAAAUUUUACACUAUCUCGUUUCAUUAAUGGUCUUGCUGGUGUACAUUCCCUAUGUUAAUUAUGAAGGUUAUUGGACGUAUAUGUGUUUUUGGAGUUAUGUGGUCAUGACAUUCUUCAUUGUUGGAACUACUAUCAAGAGAAUGAGAUGGUUGAGAAGAUUUUGUCUCUUCUAUGUAUUGUGUCCUGCUAUUGGCUUUAUGCUCAUUUCAAAUUUCUCAUAUUUGUAUUAUCAUUUGGCAUCGUGGAGUUUUGGUUUUGUCUUUGUUCACUUUGUUCCACCAUUCUUUAUUUGGACAUUUGUUUUGUUAAAUGUCAGAGAAUUCAUUGAUGAAAAUUAUAACUUUUGCACUUCCAAUUCGUUUCUCUAUAUUGUUUAUAAUUUAGGAAUGCAAUUAGUUUUUGCAACGAUUUGGAGAAUUAUUUUUGAUCCCGUCGAAGUGUACAGUCGAAUGGUUGUAGAUGUUUUCAAAUAUGCAUGUCUUGUGCCUGCCAUUGUACAUUUUGUGACUUUCUUUGCCAUUUCCUUGUUAAGAAAGCAAUGGAUUGAAAGAUAUGGUGAUCGAGUUGUGCUUGCUUUACUCGUUAGUGAAUCUAAAAAACGAAAUUAA